AUGGUUUUUUCAUGUUUUUUCUAUCAUGGAUUCCUCGUAGGUCGCAAUAGCCAUGCCAUGGAGACGUGGAUUAAGUCGAAAGCAGAUCAGUUCGCGCAGGCGGCUCAUCAGCAAGUCAAUGCCGUCCAUCAAUCUGCCUCAAGGCUAGCAGAGGACGUCUUGCAGAAAGUGACACACCGCGAAGACGAUGAUCGGAGGGACUUGGAAUUUCGAGAUGGACCAUUAGGGUUUACCCUGGAGGGAAACCUUGUGGUGGCUGUGCAGCCAAAUUCUCAGGCGGAACGCCUGGGUGUCGCCAUCGGUGACCGCUUGGUGCGAGUGGACGGCUACGAGGUUCCAGAUGUGGAGUCCGGUGGCUUCGAAGAGCAACGGGCCAGGGCUCUGAUCACCAAGUGGCUCAAGGAUAUGCCGCGACCUGGUGUGCUGACGUUCGAGUUGCCGGAGGAAUUCUCUGAUGAGGGUGAGCCGGUAGAGCAAGAUGCUCCCACCUCUCCGGAAGCUCAGGAUGAGGCCAGUGCCACGGCCAAAUCCACGGCAGUGCAGGUGCUUCAGGGCGAGUUGCAGCGAAUCCAAGAGGAACGCCGAAAACUGUCCUUGGAACUCCAGGAGAGCCAAGAGCAGCGUGGGGCGCUGACCGCCCAGUUGGAGCAAGUGAAGCAGAAGAGCGACCAACAGCUGCGACGUUCCGCUGAUCUGGAGGAGCAGCUCCAAGUAUUGCGGAGCCAACACAAGGAACUGAAAGAGCUUCACCAGGCCUUAGGCAGCAAAGAGGAGGCCAGCCAGGCGGCUGCACAGGCCUCUGCUGCGAGAGUAGAGACGACUCAGGUGGCAGCGCAGGCAGCAGAAUCUCGCGCUGCCGCUGCAGAACAGGAGCUGAGUCUCCUGCGCCAGGAGCUGAAGACUGCGUUGGCCACGCUGGCGGAAACUGAGGCAGCUGCUACUGCCACCCGCAUGCAGCUGGAGCCCUUGGAGAAGGAGAUGAGGGGCUUCGGCCAAGCGCACGAAGCGGAGCUGGAGCUCUUACGCGAGGACCGGGGUCCUUUGGGCACACUGAAAGUGUGCGCCAAACGCGUGCGGAGAGAAACAUAUUUCAGUGUGACGUGGCAAAACCGCCGUGCUGUGCCGCAGGAACAGCAGAAGCGCACGGAAGCACAUGCCCAGCAUGUGAAGGAGUUAGAACAGCGCCUGGAAGUGCAGCAGCAACAGGCUGCUGAAGAGCUGCAAAGACAGCAGGAGGAACUCCAAAGGUCGAAAGAGGCUUUGGUGGAAGCGCAGGUGACAGCUGAAGCCGCCGCGCUGGAGGCUCGAGCAGUGAGGAUGGAGGCUGCCUCGACUCAUGCGGAGCCCAAUGGCGAUAUCUUGGACGACCAGCUGCUGCGUGUGGAGGAAGUCGCCAUGCCGGUGGCCAAGGCAAACUCGGGCGAAGUGUGGACCUUGGUCCUGGGUCUGCAAAAGCGCAUUGACUUGCUGGAGAACAGGUGCGCCAGCUUGCAAAGGCCUGGUGGCAGUUGGCCCAGCAGAGAGAGAGAGAUUGAAUCCUUGGAGGAUUCAAGGGCCCUGUCGGCCCUGCGGCUGCAGAGCCAAGAGUCAGUGAUGAGCACUGCGCCGCUGCGACCCAGUUGGGAACUGAAGCUGGCGGCCGUGGCAGGACCUUAUGUGACAGCUGUGGUGGUGACCAUUCACCGCCUUGCGCUGGGCAUGUUGAGGGGCUUCCUGGAGAAACUACUCAAGAGCGAAGCGUGGCUGUGGGUCUUCUAUGCUCAUCUGUUGGUGCUUUAUGCCAUUGCUGCUUCCUCUUCACUGCAAACCACUGCGGAUGCCGGGCGAGGAGCGGUGGAUUCGCUGAAUGCGCAGCUGGCCUCCGCAGGUGCUGGAGGACCAGGUUAUACGCUGUCAUUUGAAGUGGGUACUUGGAUGUGCAUCCAAAAAAAACAAAACAUACGUUAG